CUUUGCCGUAAAGGAGCUCGCCUGGGCCAACGUCGCUGCUGCCCUUGGUAGGCGAGCGGCCAUGAGCGGGAAUGGCGGGACCAAGGCCCUGGAGCUGCUGCGGUCGCUGCCCAGGGUCACCCUAGCCAACCUAAGGCCCAGCCCAGGCUCCAAAAGGCGGGAGAAAAGACGUGGCCGAGGAAGAUAUGGAGGUAGGAAGUGUGGUCGAGGUCACAAAGGAGAAAGACAAAGAGGAAAUCGUCCUCGAUUAGGCUUUGAGGGUGGUCAGACUCCAUUUUACUUGGCCAUACCAAAAUAUGGGUUUAAUGAGGGACAUAGCCGCAGACGUCAGUAUCACCCGCUCAGUCUUCAGAGGCUGCAGUACCUGAUUGAUUUGGGUAGAGUUGACCCCACGCAACCAAUUGAUUUAACACAGCUCACUAAUGCCAGAGGUGUAACAGUGCAACCUCUCAAAAGAGAUUAUGGUGUCCAGCUGGUGGAGGAGGGUGCUGAUAUCUUUUCAGCAAAAGUAAAUAUUGAAGUGCAGAGGGCAUCUGAAUUAGCAAUUGCAACCAUAGAAAAAAAUGGAGGUGUGGUAACAACGUCAUUCUACGAUCCAAGGAGUUUGGAAAUUUUGUGUAAGCCAGUAGUAUUUUUCCUGCGUGGCCAGCCUAUUCCAAAGCGAAUGCUUCCACCUGAAGAUCUAGUCCGUUACUACACAGAUGCCAGGAAUCGUGGAUACCUGGCAGAUCCAUCUAAGGUUGCAGAAGCCAGGCUUGAACUUGCCAAGAAAUACGGUUAUGUCUUACCUGACAUAACUAAGGAUGAACUCUUCAAAAUGUUAAGCACACGCAAGGAUCCUAGACAGAUAUUUUUUGGUCUUGCUCCAGGAUGGAUCGUAAACAUGGCAGACAAGAAAAUUCUAAAACCAACUGAUGAGAGGCUCUUAAAAUACUAUAGCUCUUGAAUUCAGGACUGGAGACAACUGCAGGUGUACAGGAAACAUCUGGGGAAUAACAAGAAGCGGAUGAAUUUUUUUGUUGGUGUUUGUCAACCAGCCCAGAUUUUUGCUCCACUCAACAAACUGCCUUGUCAAUUAAUAUGAGCAUCUGUAAUCGCAAAACAAAAUAAAACUAGUCUUCUAUUCUCGUGCUGGUUAAAUAAUCUGAAAUCCAGAGAUUAACAAUGGAAAGUCACUAGUUUUUGACAACUUGCGCUUCAGCUUCUAUUGUUUGUUGUUAAUGUGUUAGAUGCUAUCAGUAAUGGUCGGUCUCCUGACUUGUGGUUUAAGUAUAGGUGAAAAAGCAAAACAACACCAAUAUAAAAUUGCAUUGUGAAUAGCAGGAAUUUAGUCUUGGUGGUGUUAACAUUCAUAUUUUAUAAGGUGCACAGCACUUUUUUGGCACAUUAAUAAUAAUACCGUGUGCCAAAAAAAGUAUAGCUAGUGUUAACUUGAAUGUGAAGUAAAUAACUUUCUCACUUUUUAGAUGUAUCCUGUUCUGCAUCCUGAUGAUUGUUGGUUUGGAACUUUAAAUGACAAGCAAUACUUUUUUUUUUUUUUUCUUUGUUAUUACAAUACUACUGCCUCCAUUUGGGAAGGAGUUGGAGGAGGGGGGGAAGAGUAUUUAUUGCCUUCCCUUAUUUGUGCCAUAAUGUUUCUGUUUUUAUGAAUCAAUUCACAAUUGUAUUUUGUGGAGGUGGUGGUACUCAACAGGAAAGCUACUUAACUGGAAGCAAAGAAGGAAGUUAGUCAUAUUAGUGAAGACCAGAAGACAAAAGUGUUUAUGUAUCAUUGUGUAUUUUUGGGAGGAGAAGAGGCGGGAAGGCAACUUUGUUUGCACUCCUGCUCUUUGUAUUAAAAUGAAGAAAUUGCUCGCAGCAAUUUUUUUUUUUCCUAAAUCAACUUCUUUGAUAUACACACGCGUGCAUGCACUGGUUUCUGUAGGUUUCUAAAUGGUUUUCAGGUGAAAGGGUAACUUGGAUAAAAUGAUAACAGUGAAAGAAAGAAUGAAAACAGGAAACAGAUGUCUGGUGACGUCGAGGGAUUGGAUAGCACUUAUUCAGUGAACGACAUCUUAGUCACAAGGCAGCUGUAUCCUGGCUCUGAUACUAUAACGCUACAAAUACCUUGGAGCCAAAACAGCCACGUUCCACAAAAUCCGGUCAUUCUACUUUAUAAAGGUGAUCUUUUAUCAUCUUAUAAUUGGAGAUGGCAAAAAGGGCUGUAUGUUGCUUUAUUUAAAAUAUGCAAUGUUCGUCUUUUUUUUUCUCUCUUCUGUUUACAGUAGCUAGUGUUUUAUAACUGUUCUGAUUUUUAUUUACUAGUGAAAAAAGUGACAAGGCUAUAGAGGAUUUCCUGUUCAUUUUAUCUCGUCAGGAGCACAAGUCUCCUGGCAACUGAAUACAGAAUUAUCAAAGUAAGUUAUUGACAAGGUUUCUAAUAAAUCUGUAAUAAACAGCCUCCCAACGGACUGUUUAUAUGAGGGUCAGGCUCACUGGUGCAAGACUUUUAAGCCAGCACUGGCAUCUAAGGCCACGGUCUUUACUUAAGAAUAUAUACCAUGUUUUCAUGUUCAUAAGAGAAAUGAUUGCCCUGGGUAUCCUGUUUUGAUAGGGGUUUUUCAUAUGCAACGAUGUAUUACACAGCAAGAAGUACCCAAUCUGCUGUAACCGGAAAAGCACUAUCAAGGAGCUGAGGAAAAGAAACAUUAUUUGUGCCGUAAAAUACUGAAAGCCAUGUCAAUUUUUAGCAACAGCAUCAUACUUUUGAAUGGUUCCUUGAUAAAACCGUGAGACUGAAAUCAAAAUAAAGGCUUCCGAAGGAGUACAUACCUUGUUAUAUCAUACCUUGAUGAUUAGAAAUCACCUGUUUCUUUUGAGCUAGAACACUAACAGCAGCCACAGAAUACUACCCUUGCAGGUGGCUGACUGGAGAGUCAAAAUGAACUAAGUUAAGUAAGUUUUCCCUUAUAUGUACAACAAAGACAUGCUGGCUUUUAAUUCAUUAUACUUCAUAGUAUAGCAUUCGUGUUUAACAACCAAAACUUGACCGUACCACUCACUGAUUUCCAAAAAGGAAUAAAUGAAUAAAUCAGUGGCCCUGAGCUGAAUCUUCACUGGCAGUGUGCCAACAUUGUUUUGACAUACAAGCAUAAUUGAUGUUAUGCUCCAGGAAGUCAUAUAAAAGUGAUCGAUUAUGAAGAUAGCUUCCCAUUGCUAUUUUGCUGUUCUCUGGUUUAUUGCUAAAAUUUAAAAUGCUAAUGCAAAGCUAACUUUGCACGGUUGAACACUCAAAAGUUCUGUAAAAAUUUGUCUCUAAUUUGAAAUUGUUGAGUUUUGCAUUUUAAAUAUUUGAGUGUUAUAUUUACAUAUAUCUAGAAUAAGAAAGAUGCUGUGUCUGUCCAAAAUGGCCAGUUUAAUAUUCCCUAUGCAGAUUUAUUUCUUAAAAUUUCUUGAUUGGUGAUCAGAUGGGAAUAGUUUUACAUAACUCUCAGUCCGUACUUCAGUUCAUUGUGUUAUGGUUUAGUCUGUGAAAAGAUGUAGUUAGAAGUCCUGGUGUGACAGAAUUCUGACCCAUUAGGAAAAUCGCGAACUUUUUAAGCUCCUUCAUCUCUUAGCUCAGGUGGUCCAUCUUGGUCUUUUGUAGCAGAAAUAUAUGGCAUUGUCUAAAGAAUUACUGGUUUCUGAGUGGAAGCAAACUAUCCUCAGAUCUGUUCUACCUCCUCUGGUUAAUAUUCCCUCUGUUGCAUCUACAUCUUCCCGAGGUCUCUUCUCGCUUCUCCUGUUGUAGUGGUGGGAACUACAGGGCUCAAUCAUUCUCACAGUGUCAUCCUGUCUGGCCCACUCUGGGUUUGAAAAUCUGGUUGUUUUAUGUGCCUCUGGAGCAGGAAAAGUGUUGAUCAUUCCUGCAUCUGUUUAUACGAGGGGGUUUUUCGUGGCUUGAGUUUCCUGGACUGGUGUUGCUUUUGUUGUUAAAAAUGUCAACAGCGAUGUUGUUUACUUGUUAACCUUGUAGAUUCCAAGACACAUGCGGGCCGAGUUGGAGAGGCCUUUGAGCAACAGAUUCGGAGUUUACUCAGAGUCAAGGAACACUCCUAGAAGUGUGUCCGUGCACUUAACUCAGAAUUACACACGCUAGUACAAGUCUUAAUGAAUAGGCAAUUUUGUGUUCCAUGCAUCAAUGCCCAAAUCGGUCUCUCCUUGCACUUUUGGAAACCCGGAGUCUGUAAGGUUUGUUCUGGUUUCAUGAUAGGAUUGUUCUGUCUGCUCUCUAAUCUAUAAAUAAGGGUAAGGUAGCCUGAAAGUCUGCCAUUUCUUGAUGUUUCUAUUUUUAUUGUUAUUCCUUGGGCAGGUAACGACAGCUAGAGGUUUGUGUACGUAGAGCAAUUUAUGAAAAAUAAGUUGAUGUGUAAAUUUAAAAUAAACUAGUUCUCUGGGGGGGGUUGUUUAGUGGGUUUUUUUGGCGACGCUAGUGUAGUUUGCCUUGCUCCCAGUAUGGACUACCUUAAAUUAAGAAAAUAAAUUCACUCUUAAUAUCUGACAAGGGAGAUGCUUUCUGUACUUUGUAGCUAUGGUUCAGAGUUUCAAAAGUUGGAAUCCAAGUUCCCUAUAAAUUUAGCAUAUUGAGAUAUUGCCUUAAUUUCAAAAUUAAUGCAAGUCUGUUUACAUUGCUCACAUGUAGACAGUUGUUUCUCAUUUCAUACACAGUAGAAAUCUGAUAGUGGAGCCUGAAGGAUCACUGUGUGUAGGCUGAAGCAGACAUCUGAGCAACUAAAUUGCGCUCUAGGUAGUUUUAAGGUAUAGUGCAGCUGUAUACAUCUAAAACAUAAGUAUCUGGAACUGAAUCCCACUCUGUUUUCAGUGACACAUGAUGCUUGAAGUUAACGGUGGGAAGAUCUUGGGCAUCAGGAGUCACCCGUGUGGAUUGCCUGGCUCAGCAUUGGGAACUUCUGAAGUUUGAUGUACCAGGUUGUGUUUGUCUUUGAAAAUAAGCAUGCUAAUUUAAUAAAAAACAAGUCAGAGGACAUCUUGGUGCCACAAGAGGUGAAAUGCUGGCCAUUAGAUGAUCUGUUAUUUUACAACUAUUGGAGGGCACAGCUUUUCCAGGAUAUAAAAUUGGUGGCAUCCUCACCUAGAAGCUUCUGACUCUUUCAAGGUGGAUGGCUCCCAGUUCACAGCUUUGCACUGGUAUUGCCAUUCAAAAUUUGGCUACCUACCUGCUUUGGUCCUCGUGCAAUCCGUUGCUGAUGUUUGUGCUAACACUAAUGUAUGCAUUUCCUCUGUAAGCAAAGCAUGGAAAUUAAAGUCGCCUGAACUUGCAAAUGAGAAAAAAAUGGGAGGGGAGGAUAGUGUCCCUCUGAGGUGUCAUCUUCAGCAAGUCAUGCUUGUAAUGGUCAGAGAAGGUGACUGAGAUACUUAAACAGAGAUGUUCUCAGAGAGCGAUGAGACAACAUGCAGGCCAGUGUGUCUCUUAGGGCACUCCUACAACUGCCGUGAUGAAUUGUGGUGUGCCUAUAAAAGAGAGAUUUGGGACUGAUCCUUCUACAGAGUUUGACUUGCCAUUUCUUCUGUUUUCAGUGAUUUCUGGGUCCCUGAAACAUAGACAUGUUGGGUUUUUUUAUGCAUAGGCAAUCUUUUUUUUUUUUUUUUUUUUUUUUUUUUUUUUUUUUUGGCAAGGCAGUCGCAGUAAUCGCCACAGCAGGCUGUCUGGGUACAGGCCAUGCAGAAGGCUUGAGACUGUUCCAGUCAAAAUAUUAUUCUACUGGUUUUCUGUUGGGCUUGGCUGACUUGACAUUGCUGCUGCCCUGACUUCUAGGACUUGUGAAAUGUCUGAGUUAGUUGGGUCGGGCUGGGUUUUGUUGUUGUUGUUGGAAGGCUCCAGCCCUUCCAGGUUCAUCAUUAAAGACAGGUGUUUACUGUGGAAUGAUCAUGAAAUGAAUUACCCUAACGAGGAUGUGAAUGUGUUGCAAAAUUCUACCUGGUUCAGCUUUUCUGCACUUGUUUGUAUCUGAGGGAAUUGAAGCACUGGGAUGCUAUGAUUUUGUCUGUCUUUAUUGUAGAAAAGCUUAUCUGCCCAUUAAGAGAACCAAAGAAGAAAAUGGAGGGUAAGAACCUGUCAAGUCAUUUUUGCUGCAUCUUGUGAAAAGUGCAUGUUUGCCCAGUUCGAACUGUUGCUCUCAGCUGAGCUGGAUGACUUGACUUGCAGCAUAUUAGGAAACUGCAAUGGCAGCAGACUGCUAUGGGCAGUGACUCGCUGCUGUGGUACGGUGGUUGGUCCUAGAGAAAGAAAAGAGAAUCUGUGCAGCCUUGGGAACAUGAGAAUCGGGAUAUGAUAGUCUCCAUCUGAAGAGAUUCCAAGAUCAGAAAUGUAUGAGUAUUCUGCAAACACCACUGAAACUCCGCUGCAUGUUUAAUUACUCUUUGUUUUUGCUGACUGUACUGUUAUGAACUGUAAGUAUUCAAGAAAUCAUUUAAAGAAUACAUUUUAGGUUUUCUGUGUUGUCCUUAGAGUUUUCAGCCCUGCAGGGAUCUUGUUUCCAAGCAUUGUUCCUGUAUCCAGCAAGGCUAGAAGCAAAUUUAAGAAGUGGAAGCCAGCAUUUUCAUGUGAUGGCAUUAUUCCAGGAACUGGUGCUUUAAGAUAAACAGUAAAUAUUGUGAGGCUUGCAAAACAGUUACUGAUUCAUUGCUUAUACCCUGCUGAUUUCUUCAUUGUUUGAGUGUAACUCCUCUGCUGUCUCUGCAGUUGACCUCCAGUCACGUCUCCUUGGCAUGAAAAAAACACGCUGUUGUUUCCAGCAUCCAAACCUGAGGGUGACAAAUAUUAUAUUACCAGGUACAUAACCAUCCCACACAAACUAUGUCCUUCUCUGCUCCUUUCCCCAAAUUACAAGACUGGAGUGCUGAGAGUUGCAUCUGCUCACUAGGACAGGGAGAAGGUCCAGUGUCCUUCUGGUACAGGCAAGACUGACACCUAGUGACCAGACGCAUUUACUCCCAUGGGAAUUCCCUGAAGUCUGGUUCAGUGGCUUUAUUCUGAGUCUGGGAGGUUUAAACUUCAAACCGAAUAGUUCAUUUAUUUCAUCAUUGCUUUUGGCCUUUCUUUUACAUGUUUCUAGUGUACUCUUCCAAAGAGUUAAGGUAGCUCGAAAGCUUGUUCAGGGUUAGUAUUGGAGCCAUGGAAGUUUUGCACGCAGUCCCCUGGGAGCUCCGCGUUGCCGCUGCGCCGAGCAAACUGUGAGAUGGGCAAUGGCAAUCGGCGGUAAGUUCAGAGUACGGUCCUCUUGUGGGUUUUCUUUAAUAAAAUCAUGGCUGACCUUGCUGUUUGGAUUCUCUGCUCAUCCUGUUUUAAAGAAUUCAAAAUCAGACAUAAUGGGCUAUUCUCUGAGUUGCAGAAUUUUCUGUCUACUGAUGUCUGCUGACCAGGGCUGGCAUCUUAUGACGACACUGCCACCCGGAAAGUGCGACCUGCUCCUUCAUCAUGGCAGAUCCUGCUGGAAAUACUUUGAGUUCUGUGCCUUGGCAAGCUGUGUAUUGAAGAGGAAGAGUAAAACUUAGCUAAAAGACUCUUCCAGAAUGCCUCUGAUUUUUCUUUGGUUAUCCAGAUUAACAUUUGAAGAGUAUAACAUACUGCUGAGAAUUGUGUGUGACCUUUACUAAAAGGAGUAGCCAUAUAAAUUUGGGGAAACAGCCCCCACCCCCGCCACGUGAACCAAAGCAGUUUCCUCCUUGUAAGAAUAAUCAUUGACUCCAGAAGUAGACUGCAGAGGUUCUCAGUGGUUCCUCACAUUAAGGUUUCACAUGAUACCCCACACUGAAGCCCUAAAAAAGCCUUCUUGGAGCAGUCCUUUGGACUGAAGGAAUUUUUUGUCUUUUAAAUGUCUUUUGUCAUUUAAAUGUUUCUUGAAAUACUGAAAAUAAACAUUUUGGUUGAUUCA